CUUCAGUUCCUUUGAAUCAGAAUAAAAAGUGCAGCAAACUUCAGACUCAUUGACUGCAGGCUCAGUGAGCGUCGAGGCUUUUCCUUUUUGUGCAGCUUCCAAGGAUCUCUGGUUUUUGCAAAACAGCUCUGAGAAAACAAUGGCCAGUUUCUCCUUAUGGGCAAUUUUUGGAUUGUGUUUGCUGAAGCUUUGUCUGACAGAAACACAGUUCAACGUUAGUUGCAGAUAUGGAGGAGUUUUUCAUGUCGAGAAAAACAGUCGUUACAGUCUCACACGAUCUGAAGCAGUUGAACUCUGCAGAGCUCUCAACAGUACCUUAUCAACACUAGAGCAGUUGAAGAAAGCUCAUGAACUUGGAUUUGAAACUUGCAGGUAUGGUUUUGUAGUGGGGUAUGUUGUUAUCCCACGAAUCAAUCCCUAUCAUCUUUGUGCAGCAAAUCACACUGGCAUUUACAAACUUUCAGCAAACACAAGUGAUCGGUAUGAUGCAUACUGUUACAAUGCAACAGAAACAAGGGAGAAAACAUGUGAACCAAUUGAAGGACUAGAUACUUCUGUCCUUGAGAAUCAGGGUGAAAUAGUGAUUGACAAUGCAGAUGGCUCACGUUAUAAUGCAGAUGGCACACGUCUUAGUGGAGAGUCCUCAACCUCAGGUGCAGAUGAUGAAAAUGUAGGUAGUGGAUCAACACAUGACACAACUCCCAUGGAUACCUCCAUCAAGAGAUCCAGCCCCUCAUAUUAUGGAAGUGCUACUUCAGUCUCACAUCUGCCAGAUCAUUCCUCUGGAGGGGGUGAAAAAGAAAGCCCUAAGAAGGAUUCUGGUAAGGAUAAUAAUGAAGUUUCUUCGGUAUCACCUGACAUCUCUUUGGUGACAACAGCUGAUGAUUUCCCUGAAAAAGGUGGUGGACACUAUCCUGCAAGUACUACUGUUGUCUAUCCUGAUGAUGCCCACCACGAAGACCAAACUCAUUCACCUCUGCCCUCAGAUAAUGAACCAGAACAGGGCACCGAAGGCAUCACACAUCCCACAGAUGUCCCUGGGGAUAAGGUCCUCCACAGGACCACAGCUAGUAUGAACAAAGCUGGUGAUGACGCUCCUCUGACUGGUACCAUCACAGCCUCCAUGGGUGUUCUGAAACCGGAAGAUAUAACCCAAGAAGUCUGGGCACCUCACAUUGUGGUAACAGCUACUGCCUCUCCUGAUGGUGCCCAUCACGAAGACCAAACUCAUUCACCUCUGCCCUCAGAUAAUGAACCAGAACAGGGCACCGAAGGCAUCACACAUCCCACAGACGUCCCUGGGGAUGAGGUCCUCCACAGGACCACAGCUAGUACGAACAAAGCUGGUGAUGACGCUCCUCUGACUGGUACCAUCACACAGUCCAUGGAUGAUGUUCAACAAGAAAAAACAACCAAGGAGCCACUGGUACCUGGGUCUCCACCUGGAAGUGACAAUGAACAAGCAAACACCACACAUGGUUCCCAUGUCAGUUGGAUACCUGGAGUUUUCCCAGACAUUGAAGAUCAUCUUAAUGAAUUACAGACCCCUCUUCCUACUAGUUCUACCCCUAGUAUAUAUGGUAAUCAAGGACCACACAAGGGACAUUAUGAAUCCACUACUUUCCCUGCAGAGAUCACAACAACAAAAAUAUCUCCACAGCCAAGGUCGGCCCAGGUACCAGAAUGGCUGAUUGUAGUUGCUUCCCUUGUGGCACUUGCAUUGAUUCUUGCAGUGUGUAUUGCUGUCAACAGUCGGAGAAGAUGUGGGCAGAAGAAAAAGCUGGUGAUUAACAAUGGCAAAGGGGCAGUGGAGGACAGGAAGACAAGUGGAUUAAAUGGAGAUGCCAGCAAAUUACAAGAAAUGGUGCACUUGGUUCAUAAAGAACAGUCAAAUGACCAAACAGGAGCAUGUGAUGAAUUCCUGACGGUUAAUGAAACACAAAAUCACCAGGAGCUUGACAUGAACAGUGGUGUGUAAUGGUACCAAGUUGCUGAGUAGAUCAGAGCUGGGGAAAUUACAAUUGAUCACAUGGAACUUGGACAUGAAUUCAGAGAUGCACUGUGCUACUGAUUGAUGUGUUUUGAACAUAAUUAAGUUUUAUUCAUUUUUAAUCAGUUUAAAAUUGUCUGAGUUAAAAAAAUUACAUUUGCUUCCUGAAAAAAGCCCCCAAGAUUUUUCAGUUCCCAGUUCCUGCACAGAGUUUAUGUCAUUGUUCCCCAGAUGGAGGGUCUUCACUGUGCAGAGGUACACAAGUGUCCAGUCCCUCCAUCUUACAGGCAUUUAAAGUUACUAAACUUGCCAUGGUACAAGAGUAAGUAAAGAACAAAUGUUAACAGCAAAUAUCAAGUUUUAUACCAAAAAGUCCUUCUAUACAAUGUCUAAACCAUAGGAAUCCUUCAGAAAUGCCUUCCAGCCAGGAAGAGCAGUGGGCGCAUUCAGAACAUAAACAAAAAGUGACAUUUUAUGAUGAUUUAUGGCUGGGUCUGCAAUGAGGAAAACCCAGAAGGACAGAAUCUAUUUAUCUCUCUUCUAAAUGUCUAUGGCCAUAGAGCAAGUGCUCUCAGGAGGUGGAAUACGCAGAUGAAAACAUGAGAGAAUACAUAAUAAACUUUUGUAUUUUAUUAUCCUAACAAUCUGUACAGUUAUCCUUGAGUUUUUCAAGGAUUCAUUGAUCUUCUUCCUCCCUUCUUCAUUGGUCACAGUUUGUGCAUGUUUUCAAUGAGUCUGUUAGGACAAUGAAUAAAACAGAAUGACCCCAGCUCUAUCACACAUGCACAAAUCAAGCUAUUGAAGAUCGUUAGGGAAGAUGACAGUAUUUAUUCCUGAAGAAUAGGUCUACAUCUUCUUCUGCUGUUUUACUUAGGAGAUGCUGAGCCUUGUAAAACUUGUUUCCCCUGUAACUAUUAUGUUACACUAGUUUGCUGGGAUUUUAAAAGUUGCCUUUUUAUGAUCUUGCUCAGUUUGUCUGAAUUCUAUUUCAUCCAUGGUUUUCCCUCUGCUUUUUAAAGAUACCAAAAGAAACAUUACUUGCUUAUUGGUACCAGAAGUUCAAAUUCAACAGAAAACAUCAAAGAAAAUAAAAGGAAACUCUCCUAGCCAUGUAAUAUAGUUAAGUAACUGCAGCUGCAUUGUUAUAUGCUUUUGUUUGUCCUUAUGUGUCUGUUAUGUAAAGUAUUUGUAUUAAGCUAUGAUGCUGUGCAUUAUAUUUGUAUGAGUUGUCAGAAAGAAAAUUAUUUACUGCCAGUAAAUAAGAAUAAAACAAGUACCAUUUUUAAGAAAGUGUAUUGGAACAGAGGGAGAAUGAUAACUUCUAAUAGGGCUGCCUCUAGAAAAUGCAAGUAAAAACCGUCCACGGUAAUUGCAACCAGCGGUCUGUGUCGGUUUUAGCAGGGCUGGUCAGAUGUUCCUGUUCCCUGACCACAGUAUCCGUCUUCGAAAAUGUUCUGCUAAGGCAUGUUAUUUUAUGUUCUCUGUCUAAAGCAAUUUAGAAGGCAAGCAUUCAGCUGGCUAAAUACUAGCGUUAGCUAGCAAUUAUCUUUACUAGAAUAUAAAGCACAAGACUGUUGAUCAUAUUCCUCACUCACAUCUCUCCAGCAUUUUCCCAUGCGUUUCAUUGAGUUGCUCAGUGCCUUAGUAUCUGCAGGCAGAUCUCAGGGGCAGUUUAUGCCUGAGCAAACAUCCCAAGACAACGUGUGACUUUAAAGUACACAUAGGAUGGUUUUGGACUUUAUGUAGGUCAACAUAUUUCACCUACGUACAGUCACACAGCUCAUGGUCCAAGCUAAUGGGGUCAAUGUGAUUUUACAUCAGUACUUGUGGUCCACUGUAAAACUUCUCAGUUCUUUCACAUGUUUUCAUACUGAAUUGUGUAGUGGGAAGUUUGUUGACUCUGUGCAUUGAUUUUUUUUUAUUUCCUGAAAUGUUUUUAAGCAAGCUUUUCUAUUUGUCAUUAUAAGUCAAAAUGAUCUUUCGAAGGCUGUGUUUAAACUGGUGUUAGGUACUCAUUUCACUAAGUAUGGAGAUCCAGAAUAAGAAUUAUUCCUUUCUUUAAAUCCUAAUUGAAUAUAGGUCUCAAUCAAAAGGAGAGAUUUCAUUGUCUUGAAGGCUAUCUUUUUCUUUAUAAAAGAGAAAAGAAAGAUGUGGCAUGUAUUUUGUCUCCCUGUUCAGAUGUUUAAUGGUGAAAUCCACAAACUCCUUUCUAAUUUAUCUAACGUUCAUUGGCUAUAAAUACAUGGACAACACUGGUUGGCUUCUUUUUAUAUUUUUAAAUAGGAGAUGCUCAAGUUGUCUUUACAGAGGCAAUGCCGUUAUUCUAUAUAUGCUGAUUCUUUUUAGAUUAUCAUCUGAUUCAUGUGUAAAUCUUUCAUUAUAGUUUCAAAACUAGAUGUGUAAAAUAGUACCUAUUUUUAUUAAUCUUGGUUUUAUUAUUUGAGGGGUUGUUUGUUGUGUGUAUGUGUUUUUUUUUAUAGAGAGCACUUGAUAUGUUUGCAUAUUUAUUUAAUAGAUUAAUCAGAAUGAAAGAAAUAUCUUCUCUAAAUUGUAACUAGAAAUAGUAUUGCUAAAACCACAUUGAACUGUAAAAUAAGCUUCCAAAAAUAAACUUGAUUCCACAUUGAGGGUAAAAGGUAAGACUGGAGUUAUUAGUGGGAGAGACCAGGCUGCACCCAGAACGGACACUGUGAUCAACUUGUGUUACUCCUUUGUCUUGAACAGUUUUGAACAAAUAUAAUCCAGACCACCCUUCACUGAAAUACUGUCUAAAGCAGUAAGCAGAAUAAAAAGUGGGAUUGUAUCUAUCAUGAGAAUGUAAUAUUUUCAUCUAACAACACAGGGUGUGUUUUUCACCUGCAUUUUGUUGAUGAUCUUACAAGGAAUGUUUGAUUAAAGCAAAGAAAGGACAUGCA